AUGCCAGCUUUCCUCUUCUCCAGGGGUUUACAAGCAGCAACAGCAGCAAAAGCUGCCGCAGCAGCGACAACAGCAGCAGCAGCAGCAGCAGCAGCAGCAGCAGCUGCAGCACCUCCUCAGCUCACAUCUUCCCAAACCCUCAGGGAAGCAGACUCUGUAAAAAUGAAGCCAUCUGGGGCCUCUUCAAGCGCGACACCGAACGUGGCGCGGCACUACGCGGACGCGAACCCAAACGUGGCGCGGUACUACGCGGACGCGAACGUAAACCGCCCGAGGCAGUAUUGGGAUUAC